GUGCCACAUCAGCCUUGACAGGAACAAAAAACGUUCAAGAACAUCGGAAGCCUCCUCCUCUCAGACAACCCCAGACACCCCUCCUUCUACGCUAAGUUUCAGACAAAACUGCUCGGUUAGAGAAUUAUGGGCCAAAAUCAUGGUUCCAUGAGCCAACGAUCCAGAGCCGAGUCGCUCUAUCAAAUGGUCUGCACUGGAAACGUGGAAGCUACUAAAGCUCUAUGCAGAGAAGGUGCUAGCCUUGAGUGGAUUGACAGAGAAGGAAGGACCCCUCUCAUUGUGGCGUGUUUGAAUCCCGAACUGGUUGAUGUUGCCAAAACUCUGAUUGAAUUGGGUGCUAACAUCAAUGCUUAUCGUCCUGGGAGUCAAGCAGGUACUCCUUUACAUCAUGCAGCAAAAAGAGGCUUGGAACAGUCUGUUAUGCUACUUCUUUCCAAUGGAGCAAAUGCUCUGGUGAGGAAUGAUGAUUGUCAAACUCCACUUGAUGUUGCUAGAACAAAGGGGCAUGCCAAUGUUGUUCGUGUCAUUGAGAAUCAUGUUUGCUACUUCUCUGGCUGGCUGCGGGAAUCUUAUGGUCCGGGCUUUCUUGGAGCAUUAAUGCCUCAACUGUUAACAAGAAAAAUUUGGGUUGUUGUUAUACCUUUUGGUUCCAGUAAUUCAACAAUGCCCCUCAAAAUGGAGCUCGUCAUAUAUUCUACUUUGCAGGAUGCACAGCCUCGUUCGGUCAUUGCUCUUUGGAAGGCCAAAAUUGAGGAACCCAAAUUUCAUCAAACAGAUCCAGCACUUAGUAUAUUUGACCAGGCUACCAAAGCUCGGUAUAAACUUGCAUCUGCCAUCGAGGGUGAUAAAGAGCAACUUCAACAAUUAUAUAAUGCAUGCAUAGGAAUUCCUCAGGUUAUGCCUCGCCCAGUGCCUUAUAAUACCUUAACCUCAACUCCAGAAGCUGCACCUCAAACUGAUGCAGAAGCUGUUGACUUGGCUAUGGCGGUAAAUGACUCAAUUCAGUCUCCUGCAGCGGAUAGACCACUUCCUCCAAAUACUCACCAGAGCUCUGAACCAAUUCGCACAAAUGGUUGGGGAGAUUCUGCGGGGAAUUCCAGUCACAAUGGGUGGAGCACGACUGUAGGAACUACAAUUGAGGUUGCAGGCAGCAAUGUAUGGAUGGAUAAUCCACCAAAACAAGACUACAAUGGAUGGGGUUUGCCUGAUUCCGGGCCAGUUGGCCAUCCAACUCAACAUGCACGAACCAACAAUAAUGUUUCCCCUGUUGUUCCCACAAACAAUGACGUUUCUACACCCGUUUCAUCUGCUUCGGUUCCAUCUGCUCCACCUAUUCCUGAUGAGGUUUUGGACGAAGGGCCAAUCCACUACCCAUCCAUUGAUUUCAGCCCAGUGGAAUGGUUCAUUCCAGCCAAAGAGGAUGGAGGUUCUGUAACAAAUGAUGUGAAAGAUGAAGACACUUCUUCCUCGUGUGUGAUAUGUUGGGAAGCUCCAAUAGAGGGAGCAUGCAUUCCCUGUGGUCAUAUGGCUGGUUGCAUGUCUUGUUUGAAUGAGAUCAAAGCCAAGAAAGGUGUUUGCCCUGUAUGCCGAGCCAAAAUAAAUCAGGUUGUAAGGCUUUAUGCUGUCUGAUAAGUGAACCAAUUACAAUGGAGCUGGGAUUUGUUCAAGAUUUUGAUAUAUUUAUCUUAAAGUAAUUUUGAUUUAUGAGCUUGUGACAUACAUGUAAUGGAUUUGUGGACAUAAUUGUACAGACUGCAACAAGGUGGUUGUUUUGAUUUUUGAAUGUACAGUAUAGCAAGGGGAACUGCUCAAACUACAUUUAUUAUUUAUUUUUUUGUAAGUAAACUACAUUUUAUUUCACUCCUCUAAUAAAUCUCUUUUUCCUCUGUUA